AUGUUUUCCUACGUAUGCUAUUGUUAUUAUAGGGUUAAUAAGGAGGAUAGGGUGCUUCUAAGGCAUUAUGUUGUUAGGCCAGCCAAUUCUAGCUUUACCCCCAGUAGUACUCCCAUUAUGCUUUUUUCUGAUUGGAGAGACGACUUAACGUUCGAAGAUCUCAAUGGUCUAAGCUUGCAAAAUGAUCAGGAGGUUGCCGAAGAUAUAGUUUAUCUUGACGUUAUCCAGGAGACAGUUAAUGGAUGCAUGCACUAUCCUUUAAAUUGCCGCGUGAUUUGCCCCAAAUGCAAUAAAGAUUAUUCUUGCAGACUCUGUCAUAACGACGAUUUUGAAUCCCAGUGUGACGAGCUGGAUCGCUUUGCCAUCACCUCGAUGCGCUGCUUGCUCUGUGAUAAAGUGGGCCCAAUCGGACUUCGUUGCACGCAUUGCAAAGGGGAAGUUGCAAAGAGUUUCUGUCCAAAGUGUAACUAUAUCAGCCUGAUAUCCCCUGAGGUUAAGCCUUUUUUCCACUGUGAAUCAUGUACGUUCUGUCGUGUGGGAAAGCAAGGGGAGCACAAGCACUGUGAUAUCUGCAGGCAAUGCUACAAGAAGCAGUUCUUUGAUACGCACAAGUGUGACGCCACCGAUUAUGUUUGCUGUAUCUGUCAAGAGGAGUUGAAAACAAGCAUAUACGAUCACACCGAGAUUGGCUGCGAAAACAGACAUUAUAUCCAUAUAAAAUGCCUUAACUCUCUGAUAAGGGCCGGUAACUAUACGUGCCCUCUGUGUCGGAAGCUGUUUCUCAAGGGAAAAUCGCUUGAAGAAGUAACCAGCCAGUGCUCCAUAUUUUUCAUGUUAUGCUUGCUUAUACGAGGAUAUGUAACACCAAUAUCAGUCGCUGCCACUGAUCCAUCUGCGUUAGAAACAGUUGAUACCUCAAAGGCUUCCUCCUCAUCAGACCAGUCUGAAGAAGAAGACGAAACAGAUAGCGAAUCCGUGCAUCAAGACCAGGAACAGAGCUCACAGGAAAAUAACGACACAACUGAGGAGCUCUUUUACAUUUCCAGGGAGCUUUCUAACAAAGUUGAGAAUCUGUUUACCAUGAAGACAGCAAUGUUCGUGCUUAACAUAGAUCUCUUCACAAGGACCGAGCGUGGAUGCGGAAGGUGUAGACAGUGUAGUAAGUGCUUUUGGUUUCCUAAUUUGAAUAUCUCGGACAUCCCUUGCGUGUACUGUGGUCUAUUCAACGUGGAUGUUAUCUCGCCCACAGAGGCGAGUUCUCUCCAAACUGAGAGUGACUUUUCUAGUACCUGGCAUGAGUAUAUCGAGGGCUAUCGGCUAAAUGUUGCAAAGCACACUGCGUACAUUCGUAACACCCUAGCAUAUUUGACUAACCAUUUUGCUCAGUUCUUACAGGCAGGCUAA